CAAGUAUGAUUACAGUACUAUCGAUAUUGUCGGGUUCCAUCGUUCUUCGAUAUCGAGAUUUGAUGCCGAGCUGUAAUAGCUGAAAAUUAAUUUUAUAAUUUUGCAUACGCAUCGUUUUGAAAAACAUCAGCAACAUGGCCACGGCUGAAGCCCAAAUCGGUGUGAACAGGAACUUGCAGAAGCAGGACCUCAGCAACUUGGACGUCUCCAAACUAACGCCUCUGUCACCGGAGGUCAUAUCCCGACAGGCGACCAUCAACAUUGGCACCAUCGGUCAUGUGGCUCACGGCAAAUCCACAGUGGUCAAAGCCAUCUCCGGCGUGCAGACUGUGCGCUUCAAGAACGAACUGGAGCGCAACAUCACAAUCAAGCUGGAACGCUUAAGCGAAAAGAAACUCAAAAAACUUUUGAGCUCCAAGCAGCAGCGACAGCAGUAUGAAAUCAAACAGCGUUCACUGCUGCGGCAUCUGGCCGAAAUGAGGCGGCAUAGCCGAUUCCGCCACCUCUGUACGAUGCAAGCUUCGUUUUCCAUGCCAGCAUCCGCCUCCAGUGUAGAUAGACGCACCACCCGGCGCAGCACCAGUCAGACCUCACUGAGUCCCAGCAAUAGUAGCGGCUAUGGCAGCGUUUUCGGCUGCGAGGAACCUGAUGUGGACAAAUUACACAGUGUCAAGGGAUUCGCCAAUCUAAAGCGUCGACGCAGCAGUAUUGUGGGCACCCCAACUCCCUUCUCCAAGCGGUCGAAAAAUAACGAGGGACUAAUAGUCAAAAAGCCACCCAAAGGAGAAUAUGUUGUGGAGCGUAUUGAAUGCGUCGAGGUGGACCAAUAUCAGCCUGUUUUCUUCGUCAAAUGGUUGGGAUACAAGGACAGCGCGAACACUUGGGAAAGUCUUGCCAACGUGGCCGACUGCGCCCAAAUGGAAGAGUUUGUGGAGCGGCAUCAGCAGCUUUACGAGGCAUACAUAGCUAAGAUAACUACCGAACUUGAGGAACAGCUGGAGGCCUUGCCGCUAAUGGAGAACAUUACUGUGGCCGAAGUAGAUGCCUUUGAUCCCCUCAAUCUGCAGCUUGAUCUUAUCCUACUUGCCCAAUAUCGCGCUGCUAGCAGUCGAAGCCAAAGGGAGCCGCAGAAAAUUGGAGAGCGAGCUUUGAAACGUAUGCAACUCAAGCGGGCCCAAUUUUCACGGCGCAAACAGCUAGAUGAUUUAGCAUCGUUCGAGAAGUGUAUGAAUCGUGUGGAGAAACCAUCACCCCCAAUACGCGUUGAGAAUAACGUAGAUCUAGACACCAUAGACAGCAGUUUCAAGUACAUACAUGAAAACAUAAUUGGCAAGGGUGUGCCCAAGCCGGAAGCGGGGCUUCUAGGCUGUAAGUGCAUUGAAGAGAAUGGCGUGGAGGAGUGCACUGCCUCUACGAAGUGUUGUGCCCGCAUGGCCGGCGAGCUGUUCGCCUACGAUCGAAGCACACGACGCCUGCGCCUUCGUCCCGGUGGCGCCAUCUUCGAGUGCAACAGCCGCUGCUCGUGCGAUUCAAACUGCUCCAACCGACUGGUGCAGCAUGGUCGCCAGAUACCGUUGGUGCUGUUUAAGACCAGCAACGGCAGCGGAUGGGGGGUGCGAGCCUCAACUGCCCUGCGUAAGGGUCAAUUUGUGUGCGAGUACAUUGGGGAGAUAAUAACCAGCGAUGAAGCAAAUGAGCGCGGCAAGGCGUACGACGACAAGGGAAGGACAUAUUUGUUCGACUUGGAUUACAACACAGCUCAGGACAGCGAGUACACUAUCGAUGCGGCUAACUAUGGCAACAUUUCGCACUUUAUCAAUCACUCUUGCGAUCCGAAUCUCGCCGUGUUCCCCUGCUGGAUCGAGCACUUGAAUGUCGCCCUGCCGCACCUCGUGUUCUUCACACUACGUCCAAUCAAGGCAGGGGAGGAGCUGAGCUUCGACUACAUCCGCGCGGACAACGAAGACUUGCCCUACGAGAACCUCUCGACGGCUGUGCGCGUCGAGUGCCGCUGCGGAGCAGAUAAUUGCAGAAAGGUCCUCUUUUGAACGGACUUGAACGUAUUUUGUUAUCCACCUUAAACAUCAUUGAAUUAAACUUUUUUUUUUUCAACAUA